GAUUUAUUUAGAUCGGCUGGGAAUGUGCAACGUGCAAACAUAAUGCAAGGCCGCGACGGUCGGUCAAAGGGACAUGGUAUUGUGCUCUAUGCGACCGUAGCUGAUGCGAAAAAUGCAAUUU